CAGCUGAAGUCCAACAUGGCUCGUAACGUAGCAGUGACCUCCCUCUUCGUGGCUCUGUGCCUCAUUGCAGCAGUUGCUGGACACAGUACGUACGGCAUUGGGGGACACAGACCUGUUGUCCACGGCAGUGGAGUACUCGGUGGUGUCCACGGAGGUGUCCUUGGUGGUGUUCACAGCGGUGGUCUCGGAGCUGUUCACGGAGGUAGUGUCCAUGGCGUAGGACUCGUAGGCUCUGGCAUCCACGGCGCCGGAUCCUUCAACACCGCUCAUUACCCUGGUCUUGUGCCUGGUUACAGCUUCUACGACCAAAGGCCCGUGCUCGGAUACAACACGUGCAAGUACUGGUGCAAGAGCAGUUAUACCAACAAGUACUACUGCUGCCAGCAACCUUACCAAGGAUAGAUUCAUUUUUCAUUGACCAUGUGAUAUGUAUUUUACUUCUAGUGAAAUUAAAUUCAUUUAGUUUAUUA